CUUAAGCCGUAGUUGGCCAAUAAGAACUAUGUAAUAGUCUAGGGCGCGAGCGCCAUAUUGUUCACGGGAUUUCCUGGUCUUGUCUAUUUCAGCACUGUGAUUAUCUCGCUUAAAUGCGGCUUUUUCAUUAUCAUUUAAUUCAUGGCUCAAGAGACUCAACAGAAUGAACCUCGUGGAUCCAUUAGCUUGCGAAAUUCCCAGUUGCAAUAUCCUAACUCACUAGCAAUCGCUAACAAUUGCUCAUCUUCUAGUGAUAUUCACACUGCACAUCAGAUAUCCAGUUCCUCUGUUAAAUUGCAUACAGUGACACCCGUUUGUACACUGACUAACAAUAACCAACCGAUUCAGUAUAUUGGGUCGGAGGCCAGGACUGUAUGCGUCCCUGUUUGUAGUUCUCAUUCAUUAUAUCCCCACUCGGUUGUACAUCGUGCAUCUCCAAAUUCAAAUGUUGGAUAUAACUCUGGAUCUAUGACUCAUGCUCAUUGCAGCACUUCAAGUGGUCAGCCGGAUAUGCUUGAGACAUUGCUAUCCAGGAAUGUAUAUAAUACACAAGUACACCCUCAAAAUCACUCUCCGCGUCUUCUCGGUUCGUCGAUAGUUGUAACAAACGUACCAAACCCAAAUCCUUCCGUAAUGAGUGGACCAGCAAACAUUCGUAAUACUGCUCCUGCCUCGAGUAGUCACCCAGUGGGUCAAACCUAUACGGCUACAACAAGUGCUCCGUCCGUCGUAGCAACAGACCCAGAAAAACGUCAGCUUAUUCAGCAGCAGUUGAUUCUUUUGCUGCAUGCUCGACGCUGCCAACGCCAAGAAGACGAAAGCAAUGGAAGGAUAGUACAGUGUAAUACACCACACUGUAACACGAUGCGUGGAGUUUUGCAACAUAUGACAUCCUGUACACAAGGUAAAAACUGCCAGACCCCGCACUGUGCUUCCUCUCGUCAAAUAAUUUCACACUGGAAAAACUGCAAUAACCGAGAAUGUCCAGUGUGUGAACCUCUAAAGCAAAACCAGCAUUACCAACGCAAUCAAAUGGUACGCCCUCAAAAUGCAGUUCAAGUGCACACGGCUCCUAACCGAGUUCCUGAAGUGAAUGGUGUAGACUCCAGUCCUCACUCGUGUGCUUCACUUCAGCCACCUAGUCAAAAUUUUCGUGUUACAUCCAUUGGAAGUGUUCCUAACAAUCCAAGUGUUGUUCGAGCACCAGCUGCAGUUGUCCCUAGUACUCAAAUUUCAGACACAUCAGGCUUAAAUGGGGUCAGUAGUCAUACGACUUCAAAUUGUACUCCUAUGGAGCAGAACGAUUGGCGAAAAGGUGUAGAUAUAUCCCAACGGAAUCAUGUCGUGCGGAGGAUUGUGCGGUUCAUUUUCCCAUUUCCGGAUCCUGCUGCUUACUCAGACCCAAGAAUGCGAAAUUUGAUUGAAUACGCGCGUAAGGUUGAACGCGAAAUGUAUGUAACUGCAACGGAUAUCGAUCAUUAUUUUCAUUUGCUUGCUCAGAAAUGUUACAAAAUACACCGUGAACUGGAAGAAAAGCGGAAAAGUCGCCAACUUGUAAUGGAUAAUUCAGCUGGGGGUUCGCAGUCUGCAGUAACCUCUUCAGCUGCUGUCAGCUCUUCCCCACAACUUAACCAAAGUUUAUCCACAUUGUCUAGUCAGUUAGCUUCACCUUCCAGUUUUGUUUCAUCAACACCGUGUUCGACCAACAGGUUUCCAAACCCUAGUAUUACGAACGGUAAUUACAAUUCUUCAUCAACUGAGAGCUACGAAAUGAAUUCCUUUGCAACUCAAGAUUCAGGUAGUUCAGAAACUGAUAUGUCGAGGUUUGAACAUUAUCUGCAAAAUGCGUGCAAUCGUCAUCGCUUUAAAUCAGACUCAAACACUGCAGGGUCCUCUGAGUCUCCUGUUGUGUCUUCAUCAGUGACUAACAUAAAGACUACACCGCAACCUGUGAAACCAACAGAAGAUGUUAAGGCUUCCAGCACUCCAGUGGUAUCUGCGUCGGGGGAUUGCAAACCUGAUAAGAGCAAAAUAAUUAAGACUGAAGCUAAAUCAGAAGAUGCACCCUCUAGUGAACCCUCGGUUAAUAAUGAUUCGUUUUCUGUUGACUCAACUUCAACACUUAAUUCAAGCAGUGUUCCGAUCAGUUCAAGCAUGUUAUCCGUCAAACCAGACGAAAGCAAGUGGAAGAAGUGGUCUAGAGAGGAGUUGUUACGUCACUUUUUGCAAUUGCAUGAGGAAGUUUACAACGAUAAGUAUGCGGAACCAUUCCGUGCUCCAGUCGAUCCAGUGAUGCUCCACAUACCAGAUUAUUUUCAGGUUAUAAAGGAGCCCAUGGAUUUAACUACCAUCCGAAAUAACUUGGAGGAUGGUAAAUAUACAGAUCCUUGGCAGGUUGUGGAUCACUUUCGAUUGAUGUUUAACAAUGCGUGGUUAUACAACAAGAAGACCUCUAAAGUUUACAAAAUGUGUACUAAGCUAGCAGAACUUUUUCAAAGUCGGAUAGACCAAGUGAUGCAGGCUAUGGGGUUUUGUUGCGGUCAGGAUUACGAAUACCAACCCCAAGGUUUAUACUGCUCUUCUCCAAACCUGUGUACUAUAAAUCGAGAUGCAACUUAUUUUGUUUAUCUUAACAAUGACAAACAAAUUGGUCUUGUUUGCGAUAAGUACUACCAAUGUGAAAAGUGCUUCAGUGAGGCUGGAGAUGUAAUUAUUUUGGCAGAUGAACCGAAUCAGUCUAUUCCAAUCAAAAGGGAACUGUUUGAAAAGCGCAAAAAUAAUGUGAAGGAGAAGGAGGAGUUUGUCAUCUGUGUGGAGUGUGGUAGGAAGUGGCACAAGGUUUGCGCCUUACACAUGAAUGAAAUAUGGCCAAGCGGCUUCGUUUGUCCUGGUUGUUUGCGGGAGCGUGGUAUGAAGAGAAAAGAAAACCGGUUUACUGCCAAAAAGCUACCAGUUACACGCUUAAGCAAUUUUCUAGAGAAACGUGUUAAUGACUUCCUGAAAAAGAAAGAAGUUGGUACAGGCGAGGUCACCAUCCGUGUGUUGGCAAGUUCUGACAAAGUUGUAGAAGUUAAGCCAUUAAUGCGUGCACGAUUCACAGAAAGUGGAGAACUUUCUGAGUCAUUCCCUUAUCGUCUAAAAGCUGUUUUCGCUUUCCAGGAAAUUGACGGGCAAGAUGUUUGUUUCUUCGGCUUGUACGUGCAAGAAUAUGGAUCGGAAAGUCCACAGCCUAAUCGCAGAAGGGUUUAUGUUGCAUACCUCGAUUCAGUUUUCUUUUUUCGACCAAAACAGUAUAGAACAGAUGUGUAUCACGAAAUUCUUGUCGGUUAUCUCUUGUACGCUAAACGAUGUGGAUAUGCUAUGGCACACAUAUGGGCCUGUCCACCUGGCGAAGGAGAUGAUUACAUAUUUCACAUGCAUCCUGCUGAACAGAAAAUUCCCAAAGCAAAACGUCUUCAGGAAUGGUAUCGUCGAAUGCUUCAAAAAGCUAUCAUAGAAGGAAUUGUAGUGGACUAUAAAAAUAUCCUCAAAGAUGCACUAGAUCAUCAGCUUGUUUCACCUACAGAAAUCCCUUAUUUUGAAGGUGAUUUCUGGCCGAACACACUUGAAGACAUUUUAAAGGAGCUUGAGGAAGAGGAGGCUCGUCGACGCCGCGAAGAAGCCAUGGCUCAAGUAGAGGCUGAAGAUGAUGAUGCAGAUUGUUCCAGUUCUACCAACGAGGGGCUGUCUGGGGAUCCAGAUAAGCGUAGUGGCAAGAAAAAGGCGAAGAAACGUAAAGGUAAUAAAAAAGGCAAUACAUCCACUGCAAGUAAGCGAAAACGUUUGGAUGGACCUAUUGAUGGUGCUGAAGAGCUUUCGCGCAAGGUUUAUGAUACUAUGGAGAAGUUGAAGGAAAUAUUUUUUGUCAUCCGUCUUCAUCGACACAAUUCAGCUGCUUCGCUUCCACCCACUACUGAUCCAGACCAACCUGUACAUAGUGAAUUAAUGGACAGUCGAGAUGCGUUCCUACAGAUGGCCCGCGAAAGACAUUUAGAAUUUUCAUCCCUGCGUCGUGCUAAGUACUCUUCAAUGGUUCUCCUUUAUGAAUUGCAUAUGGAAUUGCGACAGAGCUUUAUGUAUAACUGUAACGUUUGUGGUGCCCAAAUCGAAACUCGAUGGCAUUGUAACGAUUGUGAGGAAUAUGAUUUAUGUUCCCGUUGUUAUAAGACAGAAAACCAUCCUCAUCCAAUGGUUCAGUAUGGUCUUGGUAUCGACGAAGAUUCGAGUACAAAUGAAGAAUCAGGUGACAGACCUAGUGGUGCUGGUACAAUUCCUGAUCGUCGAAGCAGUGUCGAGGGUUGCAUUAGGUCAUUGCUGCAUGCCUGUCAAUGUCGAGAUGCAAACUGUCGUAUGCAAACAUGUGCUCAGAUGAAACGGGUUUUGUGUCACACUCGAAACUGCACGAAGAAAGCAACAAACAGUUGUUUGCUUUGUCGCCAGUUAUUGUCCUUGCUAUGGCAUCAUGCCCGGUGUUGUGAAGAGUCUAAAUGCCCAGUUCCUUUCUGUUCCAACAUAAAGUACAGGGUGAAACAGAAACAAUUACAACAGCGGUUGCAACAAAAUAAGCUGCUCAGACGUCGUAUUUCCACCAUGCAUCGAGGAGCAUUACCGGCCAGCGAGGCACAACCUUUAACUCAAAGUUGCCCUACCUCCACAGUAGCAUCCACUGCUUCUGGUUCUUUGAAUCCAGGUAUUGUUAGCUCAGUGCAUCAAACCCAAUCUCCCAACCAUCCAUCACUAACGCCCAAUUCAGUAAGGAAUACACAGUUACCCAAUCCUACCACAAAUUCAGCGGAGAAAGGCGGUAACGCCACUUCAAUAGGUUUCCAAUCUCAAAAUUCUCAGGUACAGCAGGGUUCUGUGUUGCUUUCUGUUGGAAAUUCCCAGUAUUCAAAUUCACCUAGGACUGCGGUUCCAACUGUUGUUUCUCAGGCCAGUCAGGGUGCAACCCAACGACCACCUACCGUUUGUUCUUCUGUGAUGCCUUCCGGAGGUCGUGUCAUUAUGCAACCACCAGUAAUAACGGGUCCGGCCCAACGUACGAAUCCUCCUGUCACUGCAUCUGUCACCUCAGGUUGGCGAGUUCGCCCAGUUAUAACAGCAACUGCGUCCCAAAGUACUAUGCUUUCAUCACCUAAUCAGCAAGUUCACUCGCAGAUACAGUCGCCUUCAGCGGUAUCAGUUCAUUCAACCAUUUCAAUCCCCAAUCCUGUGAACAGUCAGAAACCAUCUAUAACCAAUAAACCGACACAAAAUGAAAUUGACCAUGUUAGUCAAGUAAUCAGCUUAAUAAAGGCUACUGGGACAUCAAGCGACGAACAAAAUCGUCGGUUUAUUGCUUGGAUCAAACGUCAUCCCGAGUUUCAUGCCGCCUUUUUUGCCUUACACUCUCAACAUAAGCAGCAAGCUGAGUUACGUGCCCAAGCAAGUCAAAGGCGUAUGACCACUUCUAGUACGAUACCUGGCAGUUCAUCACUAUCCACAAGUUUCCCAACUUCGGUCUCAGCUGUAGUAACCUCCUCAAUAUCUGAUGCUUCCCAGUCUCUCUUGGGUUCUAGUAGUAUUACAGGCAACGUUGUUAUAGUUCCAUCUUCAGUUUCUGCGAGUUCAAAUUUGCAAAAUACAGGAUUGAGUAGAACACAAACUCAAAAUAUGAACAGUCUUCCUAUGUCAUCUAUGCCUGUUGUAUCUGCUUCAGCAUCAUUGGGUUCAACACCUACUGUUGUGCACCAACCUGUUCAGUGGAUUUCUAUCCAGUCACCAAUCACUACAAAUCAUCAUCAACCUUUGAUUACAGGAUGUACAGCGCAGCCUAUUCAAGCCGUACCAAAUAGCACAACUCUUCGUUUUCGAGCAGUUCCUGGCACUGCGACGUUAGUUCAAUCACAACCACAGCAAGUACAACAUUUUUACAACACAUCGCAGCUUGGCCCAGACCCUACUUUUAGCAGUAAUGAAUCUGGGUCUAGUAUGUUUGUCUCAGCCACUGGUUCUAAUAUAUUGUCUGUGGGUAAUCAGCAAUCCCAAGUGCUUAGUGCCGUUCCUCAACGCAUAACUCCAGCUUCAGUUUCCAGUAUGACUACUAUGGGUCGUCAGGCGUCUACACCACAGGCAGCUAUUGUACACUUUAGAUCACAACAACAUCAGUCACUUAGUGGAACUGUAAAUCCUAUGCAACCUCAUAUAAUACUUACGAAUACUACGGCCCCUGCAACGGGUCCUGCUCAUCUCUCUCACCAGUCACAACCACAGUUGGUUUCUGCUGCCUCAAAUGGUCGUCAGGUUGUCGCAUUGAUGACUCAUCAGAAUAUUCCCCACACAAAUGUUUCCGAUCCAGGAGUAUCUUUGCGUGACUCUAGUUCCAAUAAUUCUAAUAACAAUCUUGGAAAUGGCGUUUAAAGGAUUGUUUAGUUGAACUUUGCUUUCACAUUGCUGGCUGUGUAAGUACUUAAAAAGCUUUCUAUGAGCUCACAUGACACUGUCAUGUUUUCUGUGUCGUUGCAAGUGCAAUUUAUGGCACUCUAAAAUUCACGGUUGGUGACAUUUUUUAUGAAUCGCGAGCUCAACUGUGUUUUCAGGGAGGGAAGUUGUUAAUAAACACUCCAUAUCCUUUCAUUCUAACAGUUUUGUGUUUGGUUAAACUUGAACAUCGCAUUUAUGUUAAUUGUGAGGAAAAAGAUUUCCCCAUUGAUUCUUGAGUUCCCAAGCCAGUUGUGUGCAUUCUUUCACUUUGUUCCGGUGGUCAUUUGCUCUGUUUAGUUCCGUGCACAUUAUUUUGAUACGUUUUGUAGCAACCCCUCCCUGCUUGACAGUGCUUGCACCAUUGAAUGAGUUCACAAAUUUCAAGGAUAUUCAAAUUAUUUUUCUCUGUUUUCUUCAUUUCUGUUCUUUGCGAUCUUUAGAACAAGUUUCUUAUCUUAACAGAUCCUGACCAAAUUCAUUGUUGAUGAAUAAUUUGUUUAUUUUUAGAUUCUAAUUUUGUUUCCUAUACAAAUUUAUCAGCUUAUGUUUUGUGGCGCAUUGUCCUACCCCAUCUUCAGCUUGUUUCAUCUAAUCAGGUUGAAGUGUAUUAAAUAAAUAUAUCAUUGUAUACAUUUACGCCAGAGUUUCAAAAUAGGCUUAUGUGUUGCCUAUAUUUGUUCAAAAUUCCAAAAAAUAAUAUAGCACUACCUUUCCCUUUAAAUUGGUCAGAGCUUUGGAGUAAUGUAGACCUGUGUAUAUAGCCGCGAUAACUGUUGAUUUCCCAAAUUUUCUUCUCUGCUGCCAAGCUUUGUACAUGCAACAUUUUCCUUGUGCAGUUAACUAACACAUCUUUAUGCCCUCUUUUAAUUUCCUUUAAUAUUAUAGUUUAAUGUAGUAAUUUUGCUUGUGUACAUGCCUUUAAGUUCCGAUCUGUUGUCUUUUUGACUUCUGUGGUAUGACACAUGUUUAUCUUAUUUUCAACCGUGUCUUUGUACGCAUGAUAUGCGCGCCCGCUUCCCGUCACACCCUUUAAAGUACUCUAUUCUGUCUUUGUAAAUUAUUUUCUCUUUUUAUUAAGAGUUCUAUUGUCUAUCGUGUCUUUUUAUGAAUUAAAAAAAACUGGGUAUUUUAAGUCCAUGUAGUAUAUAUAAUGAUUGCUUUAUCUCAUUGUAGUGAGUGACGUUCGUUCCUGAUAUCUAGGUGUGUACAUUCAAUUUUUCUGUAACUACUACGGUUACUUUAUUAUAGAAAAAUGUUUGAUUUUGAUGUUUACAAGUUUCAAGGCGAUAUGAUUGUAUGAUUGAUUUUCGGACUGGAGUAGGAAUUCCUCAGACAAAUUAUGAAAAAUGCUAAUAGUAAUCUCAUUUUGUAUAUUAUUUUUAUGUGAUGCUGAUUUGGCUUCAAGAAAGCUUUUCUGAAAUGUUAUAGUUUACACUUAAUUCAUGGGAGAUGCACCAGGACUGCAGAAGUUUCAUGAAGUCACGGUUUAAAUAAUUUAAAUCAUAUAGUUAUUCAUGUUAUUGGGGUUAUUACCACUAUGGUACCACCACUUGGAUGUACGUGAAUCUGAUAAUGACGUAUUUUAUGUUGAGGAAUCACUGAGCUGAAAGACGUAUAGAGGGACAAAUAGGUGAUAGUUGGGGCGAUAAAUUAGUUCUGUCCUUAUUUCAGGAGUCUGG